CUGUGCGGCUUGUGGAUGGAGCUGGUCUCUGCUCUGGGAGAGUGGAGGUGAAGUCCAGUCAGUCCUGGGCCUCAGUGUGUGAAGCUGACUUUGACCGGCAGGAUGCAGAGGUAGUCUGUAGGGAUGUUGGCUGUGGGGCUCCUGCAGCUCUACAGGGGGGGCUCUAUGGAGGAGGUGAGGGUCAGACCUGGGAUAAAGAGUUCCAGUGUAUAGGCAAAGAGUCCCUUCUCCUGGACUGUGACACCUCAGACAGAAAACACAACACCUGCCUACCUGGUAAAGCUGUUAGACUCACCUGCUCAGAGCCUGAUGAUGUGAGGCUGGUGGGAGGAGGCAGUCGCUGUGCUGGUGGAGUGGAGCGGUACGACCAGGGAGAGUGGAGGACUGUGGGAGCUGGUGACGAGGACCAGGAGGAUGUAGCUGCAGUAGUGUGUAGACAGCUGGGUUGUGGCUCCACUGUUUCAGUAACACCUGGAUACACCACUAGAGGGUUUGGAGUUAUCUGUUAUGGGUCUGAAUCUGUACUGAAGGAGUGUGGAAGAUUAGAUUAUCUCCUUCCUGGACUCACAGUGAUCUGCUCAGGUAAUAACAAGAUACACUAUAUGGCUUUUGUGGAUUUGGCUAUUUCAGCCACACAUGUCGCUGACAGGUGAAUAAAAUUGAGAACACAACCAUGCAAUCUCCAUAGACAAACAUUGGCAGUAAAAUGUUCCUACUGAAGAUCUGUGACUUUCAACGUGUCACAUCUAGGAGCAACAACGGCUCAGCCGUGAAGUGGUAGACAACACAAGCUCACAGAACGGACCGCCAAGUGUCGAACCACGUAGAGCGUAAAAAUAAUCCUCUGUUGUAAAACUCACUGCUGAGUUCCACAUACUUUUGUCCAUGUAUUAUAUCUCCUUCCUGGACUCACAGUGAUCAGCUCAGGAAAUAUCAACAUAUUAUAUUUAUGUUCAACUGAUUUCCUUCAUUCAUACAACUUCCUCUGCACCUCUCAUGAUGACUGUUUAGCUUGUCAGUCUGCUUUACUAAAUAGUUGACUCAGUCAAGUAGGAAUCAAAUACAACUUAAGUAUCCCAGAAUGCUUUUGUAUUUGAGUGUUAUCUCAGUGAACGUCUCUACUCACUACCACUGUCACAUGUCCUGUUAUUGUCAUAUCUAAAUGAGGAAAGUCGUUGAGGAGCUACGUUUUCUUUUUCUCUCCUCUUGUUCCAGAUGUCCUGCUUAAGCCUGAUAUCAACAUAUGUUGUCUCAGGGACUGUAGGCCCACUACUCAUGUUGCCCUGUGAGGGAGGGUGGCUAGCACUGUUACAUGCUGAUGUUAUUGUCAUAUCUAUAGGAAACUAGUUGAAGAGGUUUUUCUUCUUCUCUUUUAUUGUUACAGAUCUCCUGGUCCAGCCUGAUAUCUCCCUGACUGACUCAAUGGGAGGGGUCUCCAGGGGCCACCAGGGGCCCGUGGUGUUCAGGGGCCACAGCUUCACCAUCACCUGCUCCACUCAGCCACAUUACCCAGGAGGCUCCUUCCUCCUCACGUUCACCGGCUCCAAAAGAACCCAGACCCAGCCAGCUGUCAAUCACGCUGCUGCCUUCCUCUUCCCUGCUGCAGAUGACUCCCACCAAGGGAACUACAGAUGUGUUUAUGACAAUUAUGUUUUCUCUCAUAACUUCUCCUCUGAGAGUGAGCUCCUCUUCCUCACCAUCACAGAUCACCUGGUUCAGCCUGAUAUCUCCCUGACUGACUCAAUGGGAGGGGUCUCCAGGAGCCACCAGGGGCCCGAGGUGUUCAGGGGCCACAGCUUCACCAUCACCUGCUCCACUCAGCCACAGUACCCAGGAGGCUCCUUCCUCCUCACGUUCACCGGCUCCAACAGAACACAGACCCAGCCAGCUGUCAAUCACUCUACUGCCUUCCAAUUCCCUGCUGCAGAUGACUCUCACCAAGGGAACUACAGCUGUGUUUAUGACAAUUAUGUUUUCUCUCAUAACUUCUCCUCUGAGAGCGAGCUCCUCUUCCUCACCAUCACAGGUAACUGAACAUGAACCAGACUUAUAACUUUGUCAUUGACAGAUUUCCCACAGAUCUAUGUGAUGAUGAUCAGUCCCCUCAUCAAAGGUGUUUCUGUUUGCAGCCUCUCCUCUGCCAGCUUUCAUCAUCAGACACGUUGUAGUGCUGCUGCUCCUACUGACAGCCAUCACCACCUCCUACCUGUACUACAAGGUAAAGACAUUUACUCAGACGUUACAAGUCAUUUAAA